GCCUGACGUUCGCUGGCAAGCGCAGCAGCCCGGGAAGAUGGCGAGCAGAACCAUGUUGGUGGCUUUGAGUAGGACAAGCAGAGCCCAGGCCUGCGGGCUGAGACCUUUGGCAAUCAGGGGUCUUGCAUCAUCGAGUCAGAAAGCCAGAGAAGACAGCUGGUUGCGAUCACUCUUUGUUCGUAAAGUCGAUCCACGGAAGGAUGCUCACUCAAACCUUCUGGCCAAAAAGGAGAUCAGUAACCUGUACAAAAUUCAGUUUCACAAUGUAAAGCCAGAGUGCCUGGAAUCAUACAAUAAGCUUUGUGAAGAGGUGCUGCCAAAGAUUCAUGCAGAUGAAGACUAUCCAUGUACUCUGGUGGGAACCUGGAACACAUGGUAUGGAGAGCAGGAUCAGGCUGUUCACCUGUGGAAAUAUGAAGGUGGAUAUCCAGCCCUGACUGAGGUCAUGAGCAAACUAAGGAAAAACAAGGAAUUCACAGAGUUCAGGAAGGCACGAGGCAACAUGCUUCUUUCCCGUAAAAAUCAGCUUCUUUUAGAGUUCAGUUUCUGGAAUGAACCUGUCCCCAGGAAUGGGCCCAAUAUUUAUGAACUAAGAUCCUACCAACUGAGGCCUGGAACCAUGAUCGAAUGGGGAAAUCACUGGGCACGUGCUAUUCGAUAUCGGCAGGAUGGCGAUGAAGCAGUUGCUGGUUUCUUCUCACAGAUUGGCCACUUAUAUAUGGUCCACCAUUUGUGGGCAUAUAAAGAUUUGCAAACUAGAGACGAUAUCAGGAAUUCUGCAUGGCAAAAGGACGGCUGGGAUGAAUGUGUUUACUAUACAGUGCCCCUCAUCCAGGAGAUGGAAUCAAGAAUAAUGAUCCCCCUGAAGAGCUCACCCCUUCAGUAACACAUACAGUGCCUCCCUCCACAGUAAAGAGUCGCAACCUUUCUUUUGAAGACCACCUAAGUGAAUGGACAGAAUCAUGAUAUCCAGAUAAAAGUGUGUUUUUCAGUAAAGCGUUAGUACAUAAUUCUGAUGUUUAUGAAUUGCUAGAGUUUUGCCAAGCUUCCAGAUCAUUUUUCUUAUUCCAGUGCUAAAGCUACAUAGGAUCUCUUAAUAAUCUAAUGAGUGAUAUAGUAGUGGGCUGAUGCAUUUCUGUACACUACCUAUUAUGAAAAGGUGAGUUAAUUUCACUUCUGUUACCAAUGCUAAGAGUCAGGGUCAUGUAAUAAAAGGUGCAAAUAUUGCAAAGCUCUAGAAACCCAAAGUAAACAAUAUGAUGUUGUUUUAAACAUUUGACCUCUAAAUGCUACCUGCUAAUUGAUUCAUUUGGUUUACUAGCCCAGUAGUAAACUGUGGACCUUUUAUUACAUUACCUCCUCAAGCUUUAAGUGUUAAAGCACCACUAGGAUUUCCUAUUCAAUUACCAUAGGUUAUAUAUCAGUCUGCUUCUGGUGUUUAGGAUUAAAAUAUCUUCUACAUUUAAAGUCAAAUGCUGCUAACAAAAAAAAAUCUGAUAGCAAGCAAGUGUGGCACCCAAUGUCUUUUAUGAGUAAAAUGCAAGUUGCUCCUCAGACUAUAGCCCUGCUCACUACCAUUCAGUUCAAAGAAGUAGCACUGAACCUUCACAGGAUUCCUUAUUUAUUCCAGUGGCCCUAUAAAUAAAACAUUUUAAGACCGCAAAUGAAAAACAAUCUCCCAGUCUGCCACUGCCCUAAAGCUUCCAACUUGCAGGAACAAAGUUCAUUGAGACACAUUUGCACAGAUCAGCUGGGGUUGUCAUUGGAGGAAAAAUACUGCUCAGCUAUACAUAUGUGAAACUUGCUGAGUGGGGAUAAGGAUGGGCCCUGUCAUUGUAAGUGAAGUACAGUCUCAACAGUGCAAAUUUACAUUCCCCCUGUUUUAGAACUCCAACUCCUAGUAUUCCCUUCUCCAACAAAAAGGGAGUAUAAACAAUUAACAUUAUACACUGUACAACAAUUUAAAAAGUUUUGUAAAUCUAAUUUCAGUUGAAUGGGUUAUCUAUCUGGCUGUUUAUAUUUGUUGCAUUUCUGGGUUAGACUCUUAAAACUAUAUAGCAUGGACAGACCGGAGGUUUGCUACAUUCUUUCAAAACCUUCAGGACCAGAACAGAAAGGGAUAAACUAAAUGCUUUCAAUAGCAAUUACAUUUACAAAUAACUGUAAAACCACUGAACAUUUUUAAUUUAUGUUGGAAAGAUGCUUACUAACAUUUUCUUACAUUAUAAAAAAACUGUUUUAAGUUGAGAUCCCCUGGAGAUGCCCAGACCCUGUUGAAGCAAACACCAUGCACAUUACUUAAUCGCUAAUAAAUCAAGCAUACUGUAACAUUUACAGACCUGUAUUUAGAUGUUUUCAUGGAAUUUUAAAUCAGUGAAUUUAAAAGUGAAGUAUUUUGGUGGCUUGAAGCACCAGCUUGUUUUUCUUAUUCCUUUUUCGUUAGUUUGAUACACAAUGCUCUGUCACAGGUCUGUAAUCUCUGGCUGUCCAGAUGUUUCUUAGCUAUAACUCCUAGUAUCCAGGGAAUGAAACACCUACAGAUUUUGGGAGUAGUAUUUCAUAAACAGCUGGAAAAACAUGUUUCACUACAAUGUAAUUUUUUUUAGAAAACAAAACUAUGGAACAUAUUUAUAAAGGUGUGUAAAAUUAUAUUCACCAAAAAAGUGUGUACACUAAUUGGGGCUUUUAUAACGUUGCUGCCUUUAUGCAUGAAUUUAUUUAUGCAGUGAUAUGUUCCCGAAGCAAAAAUCAUCCAUUCCUAAUUGUUGUACUAAUGAAAGUGUGAAAUUAAUUUUAUUUUAGACUAAUGCUAAAUUGUAUAUUAAUAUUUCACACCACAAAAUCAGCAUUAAACUCCCAUUUUUUGUACACAGCUUUUUUUUUUUUUUACACAACCUAAUUUUACAACCCAUUGCAUAUACAUUAAAAUUCAUUAGACGGUUCUAUAACUCUACCUAAUUUUAAAUGGUGUACUGCGGUGUUAAUGUGGUGGUGCUUGGUUCAUCUCAGUGAAAUGGCUAAAUAAGCCCCUAGAUUAAAUUAAUUUUUGCCUUUAUUUAAAUGAAUUUCAAAAUAUGUUCCUUAUUUCUGUAGCUAAAGAAGGUUUGUGUGUAUCUGAAAACAAGGUUUAAUACAGAAAAACGUACACUCUAUUGCAGUAAAUAUGGAUUUUAGAAUUUUCUGCCAAGUUUCAUGACAAUAUAAAGGCCACUGGCUAUGUACUUCAUGCAGACUUAAAGAUGAUUUCUUAUAUGUUCAUAAUCUGCAACAGGGGGUACAUUUUUUUUAUAUUACGCAAGUUUCAAUAAACAGUAUGUAAAUAGUAACUUAAAGGGAUCUGUAGUCAAAAAACAAAAAAUACUGGUUCUCCACCCCAAAAUAAACAUAUCAUCCAUUUACUUUACAUAUUUUGCACAAUUCAGAGAUAAAAACCUAAAGUUUGGCAAAAAUUUGAAAACAAUGGUCACGUUUGUUUUAAUGUGGAAAAUCCAAAGAUAAUUUUUUGUCAUUUGACUAUAGUUCCUCUUUAAUCAUGAAUGGAUUUGUCAUGCUGCUAUUCAGUUUGUUACACUCGGGGGCAUCUGCACUAUUCUAUUAUAUAUAAUAUACUGGUUUGCUAUCAUUUUUAUUUAAGUCGAAAAUGUUACGAUCACUAUUAAUGCUGUUACAUACAUUUGAUUUGCUUCAUUAGGCCUCCUCAAAAUACUGAAUACCCACUUUCUUCAGAGUCUUAGGCUAGUAAGUAACCUUAUAAUGGCAAUUUAAUUGUAAGGGUAAUGUAAUGAUAUGAAAAAUCAGAGAGACAUUUGACAGCUAUCCAAAUUUAGAUAGAAAGGCCUCAGUGAUCUUAAUUAAUGUAAAUGCAAUGAAUGCAACCCAGCAACUUGUAUUCUUUUUGAAUUUAGCCUUUAUAUCACAUCUAGCUUUUAUGUCUUCAGGAAGCUCAGGCCAAAACAAUCCAUCCAGCUUUAUGUUUGUUGGUGGCCUCUGUGGCACUGGGUAAUUUAGCAACUCGGUGUGACGGUAGCAAUAUGAUGAGUUACAUAUAGCCUCACCGGUGCUUUGAUAUUUAUAUAACUAGUAUAACCAGAUCCAGUGUUUCAUAUCUAAAACAGAGUUGUUUCUGUUAAUCUGUUACUGGAAUUAUUUAAAUCCUGUGUUCAAUGUAGACUUUGGAAACACUGAUUCCAACAUUAAGGCAAAGCCAACUCUUUGACACUCCUACUUUACCAGUAAGGCUGUGUUUGGGAGGGUUAAACCAUUUGCACUUUAGUUUUUACUGGAUGCUAUACUGUAUGCUAUUACAAUGCUGAUGGUUAAAAAUAAAAAUUCAUAUCUAUUUUCACCGCCCAAAUGUAAAAAGGAAAAGAGCUAAUGUUUCUAUGCUGUUACAAAAUGAAAGGUCAUCUUGUGAUGAAUAAUUUUCUUCUCUGUUAAACAAUAUUAAUAAACCAUUUUAUUUGAA